AUUUUCUUUUUUAAGUGUUUUGUUGUUCUAUUUCUUUCUAUAUCUGUGUGACUACGUUUUUACUGUAGAUAUAAUUUAUAAUUGAAUGGUGCAAAUGUGAACUACGUAGUUAUAAGUAUGAUUGACUCAUACAAUAUAUUUUAUAUGGUAGCAAGUAUAUGCUAAAACGUAUAUCAAAUGAAAAAUGAAUAUUUUAUUAUUUAUUUAAAAAUCUGAAAUGUAUGUAAAUUAUACAUUUUUUAAAUUUAAUGUAAAUGAAAUUGGUAUAUCAAGGUGGCAGUCAUACUUUUACUUUCAUUACAAAAUUGGUUAAAUUAUUCGUUUUAUGUCGAUGAUUGUGAAGUUUACAUAAAGCGCAUCUGUAGAUACGACGAAACUUUCAAUAAAAAUCUUUGUUACUUAUUACAUUUGUAAAUAUAUAUCCCGAUCCGUGAUAUUUUUCACGUAUAAUGUUUUUUGUUGGUUCCCUAUCAAGAGUAAAGAAAUUGCACAUUUUUGAAGGUCUAUAAAAUGUAAGAAAAAUCUAUAUACUUAAUUAAAAAAUGAACAAGUUGAACAAUACAGAUAGCAAUAUCUCAAAGGUAACAGAUGUAAAAAGAAAUUUGCGACGGAAUCAUGAAGCAGAUAAUCCAUGUUUAAAGGAAUACAAUUUAUCUUUAGAAUGCUUGAGCAAUAAUAAUUAUAUUCGUGAUGCUUGCCAAGCCUACUUCAAAAAUUAUAGAAUUUGUCAGAAGUUCUGGCAAAAAAUAGUGGCUGAUCGUAAACUAAAAAAUAUCAAACCUUAUCUUCCAUCUCCAGAAGAUCGAGAAAAUAUAAAGAAUGAAUAUCUCAAAUUUAAUAUUAAAUAGCAAAUAACCAUGUAUAUGUAUUUACAUACAUUUUAGAAAGUGUUCCAGUGACUAUCAUUUAAAUUUACUGAUUUUAAUAAAGUUUGCAUGUACAAAUAUACUAUUUAAAAUAAUAUUGUUAUUACAGCAAAAUUAUGGAUAAGUUUUUAUUAUUAUUAUAAUAAAUUGUAAUAAACUGUAUAAAAUGUGA